GCUGGAGCGGGGGGCCGAGGCCAUGGCUCCCUGGGCGCUGCUCAGCCCUGGGGUGCUGGUGCGGACUGGGCACACCGUGCUGACCUGGGGAAUCACGCUGGUGCUCUUCCUGCACGACACCGAAUCCUCAUUCACCACCAUGGGCUUAAACACGCUGGGACCUUCCUAGCCUGGGCUCCCUAGGCAGCAGCAUCUGGGCCUCUUUGAGGGCUGACUCUUCCCAUGGAGAACCUUUUCCCCUGGCCCCAUUCAUCAGAGCUCCGUCAAUGGGAAGAACAAGGGGAGCUGUUCCUGCCCCUCACCUUCCUGCUCCUGGUUCUGGGCUCCCUGUUGCUCUACCUGGCUGUAUCACUCAUGGACCCGGGCUAUGUGACCACGCAUCCCCAACCUCAGGAGGAAUCUAAGGAGGAACAGACAGCCAUGGUUCCCCAGGCUAUCCCACUUCGGCGUUGCAGAUACUGCCUGGUGCUGCAGCCCCUGCGGGCCCGACACUGCCGUGACUGCCGUCGCUGCGUUCGCCGCUAUGACCACCACUGCCCCUGGAUGGAGAACUGUGUGGGGGAACGCAACCACCCGCUCUUCGUGGCCUACCUGGCACUGCAGCUGGUGGUUCUCCUCUGGGGCCUGUACCUGGCGUGGUCGGGUCUCCGGUUCUUCCAGCCCUGGGGGCUGUGGCUCCGGUCCACCGGGCUCCUGUUUACCACCUUCCUGCUGCUUUCCUUCUGCUCACUGGUGGUCGGCCUGCUCCUGGCCUCACACCUCUACCUGGUGGCCAUCAACACUACUACCUGGGAAUUCAUAUCUUCACACCGAAUUGCCUACCUCCGCCAGCGCACCGGCAACCCCUUUGACCGAGGUCUGACUCGAAACCUGGCCCACUUCUUCUGUGGGUGGCCCUCUGGGCCCUGGGAGACCCUCUGGGCUGAAGAGGAGGAGGAAGGCAGCAGCCAGGCUGUCUAGGCUUGCUGAAGAGAAGGCUGCCAUUGUGCCUAAAAACCGGAGGCUGUGCCACUUAGGGGUCAGCCCAGUUAGCCUGAGCUCUUUACCCCUUCCCAGGCUACCAGCCCUCAGCAGAGCAUCGGACAAAACCCCCCACACAUAAGGAAGAUGGAAGAAAAGGACAGAAGUGGGGGGAAGUGGGGAGGGCGCGACACAAAGAGAACCCAGACGCUGCCACACCCCCUGGCCUGGCUACCUCGAAUGUACAGUUUUAUUAAUUUAAUCCUCUAUAAAGGCAAGUAUUAAAAAGA